AACAAUUGGUAUCAGAGCACUUUUGUUCUUGGAGGGACCGUGUCGUCUGAGUGUAAACACUUGAGGGAGUGAUUUCAACCAUGGAAUCCUCUAAUUUCACACCCAAAACUCCAUACUUUGCAGGCCAAAACUACUCUGCUUGGUCUAUGAAGAUGAAGGCCUACCUAAGGGCGUUUGAUCUUUGGGAUUUUGUUGAAAAUGAUAGGGAACCUGCAGCCUUGCCGGAAAACCCAACUUUAAAUCAGAUCAAGAGGCACACAGAAGAGUCUACAAAGAGGAAGCCUGGGACACAAUCAAAGAAGAGUUCCAAGGAGAUCCAAAUUAAUAACUUGAGAAGGGAGUUCGAGGUGUUGAGGAUGAAAGAAACAGAGACAGUGAAGGAAUAUUCAGACCGAGUGAUGAAGACGGUGAACCAAAUAAGGGUCCUUGGUGGAGAACUCAGAGAAACAAGGGUUGUUGAAAAAGUUCUUGUCAGCCUACCAGAAAAAUUUGAGCACAAAAUCUCCUCAUUGGAAGAUUCAAAGGAUCUUUCAAGGAUGACUUUGAGUGAACUUGUUGGUUCUCUUCAAGCCGUUGAGUCAACAAAUGUGAAGCUAAUUGGAUUUACAGAUAGUGAUUGGGCUGCUUUAGAGGAAGACAUGAAGAGUACCUCAGGACAGUGUUUUUCUAUUGGUUCAGGGGUGAUUAGUUGGAGUUCUAAGAAGCAAGACUCAGUUGCCAAGUCAACAGCAGAAGCUGAGUACAUUGCUGCUUCUCUUGCUGCAGAUCAAGCUGUGUGGUUCAGGAAACUGAUGAAUGAUUUAAAACAACCUCAGAUACAUCCUACUGAGUUGUUUUGUGAUAAUUUAUCUGCUGUUGCAAUUGUUAAGAAUCCUAUUCUUCAUGGUAGAACCAAGCAUAUCAAGAUCAAAUAUCAUUCUAUUAGGGAGAUGGUUAAUGAAGGUGAAGUUCAGGUUUUGCAUUGUGAUUCAGAUGACCAGAUUGCUGAUAUAUUCACUAAAGGAUUGCACAAGUUCAGAUUUGAGACACUAAGAGACAAGCUUGGGAUGAGCAGCAUUAGUGUCAAGGAGGAGUGAAAACAGCAAUGUAAAGACAGUGACACAAAUGCUGUCACACUAUUUUUUAGUUUGUAGCAGUUAUUAGUUGGUUUUUUAAUCCAGUUUGUUUUUCCAUUGUAGUGCAGUUAACUUUCAGUUUUUAGUAGUUUCUUUAUUUCCUUGUAAAAAGCAGAUUUGUUCAAUGGGAAAUUUCAGUUCUGCACUUACCAGAUCUUCAUCUCUUUGUUUACAAACUAACAGGAAACGUGUGUUAGACUCUUGCAGUUGAGUUUUCUGGCUUGACCACUAAAGAAAGUGUUCAUGACCAAGAUUCUGCUGAUACAUGGCAGAAUUGUUAGGAUUGCCAGGAUUGUACCCCAGGUUAGCUGGUUCCAGCCAAGCCAAUCUUAAUCAAAAUAAAGCCCCAGUCUUGCG